AACACUCCCGACCGACCAACCGACCGACCGACCGCUAGACUAGACGGCUUAGACGCUCCCCGGUCCCGACCUCACACUGUCGUGAUCCCCCAUCCACCCGUUUAUUCACCCACUCACUCACCCUCUCCACCAUGCCGCUUUCCAACCGCCGUCGCGCGCGGCGCAAGGAAAUUCAACUUCAAGAGACCUCUGAUGCGGAGGCCCCGGAUUCGUCCCCGACGCGGCCCUCCACCAAGAAGCGCAAGGUCGAGCACCGUGCCUCCCCCCACCCCCGAUCCAUCAAGCCCGAGUCCGCCGAUGAAGCAGACCACUCCUCCCCCGACCACGAACUGUCCGAGAACCAGGACCUCGUCGACCUGGUCAUCUCAUACCUGGACGCCGCGCGCGACGAGGUGCGCGUCCUCCGCGACCACUCCAACACCAAGACCGAGAACAAGCAGAGCGUCCGCGCCUACGCCAAGAUCGCCGGCCGCACCUGGACCUACUACGUCAAGACCCUGCACGUCAAUAUCGGUCGCGAGCCCGACCGCGAGCAGAAGCUGGACGAGCAGUCCAGCCCCGUCACCAUCGCCGCCCGCGCCCUGCCCGAGGUCAACGUCGACCUGGGCCCCAGCAAGUUCGUCUCGCGCCUGCACGCCGAGAUCUUCUACGACGGCGAGGAGACCGCGUCCUGGCAUAUCCGCGUCAACGGCCGGAAUGGCGUGCGGCUGAAUAAUGGGAUCCUCAAGCGCGGCACCGAUGCCAUCCUGUCGUGCGGAGAUAUUAUUGAAAUCGCCAAUACCCAGAUGAUGUUCGUUACCCCGGGCGACAAGGCCAAUAUCCACCCGAGUUUCGUCGACCGCGCCCAGCGACUCGCCAACGGCGAGGAGGAGCCGCCCACGUGGGACGCCUCCCAGCACGCCCAUCCCCCGCCCACCUCGUCCGCCGCGACCGAUGUCCCCCCCGCCACGGCCGGUCCGCCCUCCCUGGCGCCCGCACCGCAGUUCCUCAAACGCCAGGUCACGCCGCCGCCGCGGUCGCCCGACACGGUCGGCGCGCGCACCGCCAAGCAGUCGCCGCUGUACAACCGGGGCAUGAUGAUGGAGAGCACGGAGGAAAUCGAUUACAGCAAAGACUCGGCCAAGGACCUGAAGCCGCCGUACAGCUACGCGACGCUGAUCGCGCAGGCGAUCUUCUCGAGCGAGGAGGAGAAGCUCACGUUGAACAGCAUCUACAACUGGAUUAUGGAAAAAUACGCGUUCUACCGGCACUCCCAGAGCGGCUGGCAGAACUCGAUCCGGCACAACCUCUCGUUGAACAAGGCGUUCCAGAAAGUCCCCCGGCGCACGGACGAGCCCGGCAAAGGCAUGAAAUGGCAGAUCGCCCCCGAGUAUCGCGAGGAAUAUUGGAAGAAGCAGCUCCGCAAGGGCACGCAGUCGUCGGCACCGUCGUCGCCCGCCACGAAAGACCCGCACCGCGCCAACGGGAUGGAAGCGGUGUUCGCCGCCAAGAAGUCGCCGCCGGUGUCGUCGCCGGGCUUCAGCUCGUUUCCGGUCGCGCCGGUCGAGGCCUACACGCCCGAACGCGGCUCGCGGGCCAUCCGCAACGGCGCGGCGGAGCACCUGCGCCUCCCGCACGCGCGCGACUACGAGGAGCCGUCCCCGCUGCCCACCCGCUCGGCCACCAAGAACCCCGGCAACGGCACCAGCCUGAGUCGCAGCUACGGGCUGUCCGACGCGGCGGUCGGCUCGCCCCCGGUGCUGUCCUCGUCGUACUACGACGAGGGCCCGUCCUCGAUGAUCACGCCGGCCCCGCAGCGCCAGCAGCCCCGGCUGCCCCCGCCCAGCACCGCGCAGAUCCCGUCCAAGUUCAUGCCGAUGAGCUCGCCGGCGCAGUUCUGGAAGUUCGCCGACAUCGGCAGCACGCCCGCGCGCCCCGUCCCGGACAUGAGCCCGCUCAAAGGCGACGGCGGCGACGGCCUGGGCAGCAUCCCCAGCAGCAGUCCGCCGCCGCCGAACCUCGCCAGCCCGAGCAAGCCGGGGAUGGCGACGGGACGGCUGCCGCCGCGGCGCGAGGAGGCUCCGGAGCGGGGGGAGGAGGACGAGGACGACGGCAGCGGAUUUGAUUUAGCGAGGGGCUUCCAAACGAUCGGCUCGUACCAUCGACAGCUGAGCAAUGCGGCGCGGACGAGUGCGGCGACAUAGAAGGCUGGUUGUUUGGUUUG